GGGAUCGAGCCCCACUCCGCAGGUGAGUGGAGUACAGGAACACAGCUCCCCCGAGGACCGACAUGAAGCUGCCGGACGAGCGCCUCUGGCCGCUGUUCGCGCGCCGCUGGCGGCCGACCGUCACCUACUGGAGCGCGUUCUUCAGCUUCGGCCUGUGCAUCGCCUUCCUGGGGCCCACCAUCCUGGACCUGCGCUGCCAGACCCAGUCCACCCUGCAGCAGAUCACCUGGGUCUUCUUCUCGCAGCAGUUCUUCCUGCUGCUGGGCAGCAGCGCGGGGGGGCUCUUCAAGAGAACACUCCUGUCCUCCCUGUCAGCUCUCUUGUCCUGCACCCUCAUCAUCUCGCUGGUGUUUGCCGUCAUACCGCUAUGUCACCACGUGGUCCUGUUGUCCGUCGCCAUGGCAUUCGCGGGUCAGGCCAUGGGGGUGAUUGACACCAUCGCCAACCUGCAGCUGGUGAGGCUGUACCAGAAGGACUCGGCCGUCUUCCUGCAGGCCUUGCAUUUCUUCAUCGGCCUUGGCGCACUGGUGAGCCCCCUGGUGGCCGAUCCUUUCCUGGCAGAUGGCAGCUGUGUUCUUUCGGCCAACUGGACCGCCAACUCAUCCUCUUCGCCGGACCUGCAACAUCUGCGCAGCAGCCUCUCCGGACAUGCAACAGCGCUGCACAACACCUCCCAGUACCCUCUUUACACUGAGGGUGUCGUCAUCACCAAGGUGUCCUAUGCUUUUUGGAUCAUGGCUCUUAUCAAUCUCCCUGUGCCAGCAGCAGUGCUCACACUGAUGUACCACGAGAGAUUUCUGCCUUGCUUUGACAACAGUCCACGUCUGCUGGACAAGGACUCGCAGUGCAGCACGAGCGCCGUCAGGGACGGUAGCCAAGGACACCUGAGUGGGUGUUGCUGCUGUAACCCUGCCAAACUCCGGGAUCGCCCUGCUACUUUCUUCAUCCUUCAUGCCCUAGGCGGAGCCAUCCUCUUCCUCACCGAUGGGAUCAUUGGCUCAUACGCUGGUUUCGUGUACACCUACGCUGUCUCCCCUCCUCUGCUGAUGGGUCAUAAGACUGCUGGCUGUCUGGACAGUAUAUUUUGGGCCUCCAUCACAGCAGGAAGAUUGGCCUUCAUCUACCUGUCCUACAGAUACACUGCACCCAGGCUACUCACCAUCAGUCUGGUGGGAGUCAUACUGGUGCAGUGCCUGUUGCUGAUCUUCUACACCAGCUCUGUGCUUCUCUUCAUUGGUACUUGCGUGUUGGGACUGUGCAUUAGCAGUGUGUUUCCUUCCAUGCUUGCUUUUACAGAGGACAUACUGGAGUACAAAGGUUGUGCCACAACUGUCCUGGUGACCAGCGCCAGCGCAGGAGAGAUGAUGCUGCAGCUGCUCGUCGGAUCGGUGAUCCACAGUCAGGGCAGCUACGCUUUCAUGUUGUGUGGCACGAUCGCCUCCUUCAUCGGCCUCUGCCUUUUCCUGCUGCUCAUCUAUGUCCAGCGCGUCCACCGGAGCCGCUACGCAGAUCCACCUGAGAACAUGGACAUGAAAGAGCAGACGCCGGGAGGCUCGUGAUGUGACGCUCCGUCCGGGACCGGGGGACACGGCGUGGACGACAGAGAGGGACAGCGCUUAUUCUCAAGCUCAACGAUCAACAAGCGGCCUAAUGCAUGUGCAAUACUUGAAUUCAUUUUCUGGCAUGAUUAUUCCUCGCAGCACAUUGUAACGCUGCUGUAGGUUGAUUCCACAAUGAUUAUGGACGUGUCAGUAGUUUCCUGGUGACGGUCAUCGUCAUCAUGACAUUCUCUACAUUAUACAUGAUUACAUUAUUAAUCUAAACUCAUAGUGUGGGAUUUGUUGGGUUUUCCCUGUAAUAUUGUAAUAUUGACCUCACUACGUAAAGUGCCUUGAGACAAUGUAUGUUGUGAUAUGGCGCUAUACAAAUAAAAUUGAAUUGAAUUGAA